AUGGAAACUGACCCAGGGGGGUCAGGAAAUGGCACUUCCACCAUGGCAAUGGAGAUGGAGUCGAAGGAGCAGACCAUAGAGGAGUUGAGAGCCGAAUUGGAGAUGGUUCGACAGGAGCCGUCAAAAAAGGACGAUAAGAAGACCAUUGAAAGAUUGAUGAUGAUCAUCGAAGCCCAGCAGCGGACAAUUACCGAGCUAAUAGUUAAAUUAGACCUCCUACUGAAAACCCAGGUACCUUCCCAUCUAUAUAUUACACAUUCUUCCCAACCACUCCAACAAAAUCCCAGUAAAGACAAAGCUGUCAAUCUUCAGAUACCGUUCAAUAAUUCAAGCGAUCUUUCCACAGACGACGAUACACUCCCUGACGGUUUUACCAAGGUUAAGCCCCGUAAAACGCGACGAAACAAGACCGACACGACAGGCUUUCCUCCGCUCCCUCCAGCAAAAUCGCAGUCUGAAACGUCUCAUUCAACUGCAAGCGACUCGAAUAAACAGCCUGUGCCCAAUCUAUCGGUUACUUCUUCGCCUUCGACAUCUCAGGUAUCAGAAGACACGACUGCACAGCCCCCACGCAAGGUACGUGUUCUCCGCGAUGCUUCGAGAUGGCGAGGCGUAAAUCACAAGUUUAUUUCUUUGGGCAUCAAAUUCGAACGCGCGGUUGCCGUCGAUGCAGGAAUCAGGAUAAUUCCCAAGUCCGAGGAUGAUUACCGCAGGACUAUUCGUCUCUUCAGGGAGGAAGAGGUCCAUCGUACUUUACCUCUACCCACGGAGAGGAACAUUCAUGCUGUAAUCAGAGGAGUACCUGCGACACUUUCGGAAACGGAGAUCAAGGAAGAGUUGCAACAGAGGGGAUAUUCCCCCCUCCACAUAAUUCGCUUGCGGCGGCGUGCCCAUGCCUUUAGUGGUAGCCAUACUGCCCAAGAUAGAAAAAUCUCAGCAGCUGUUCAACGAACACGAGCUGCUAGGCAUCGCUACAAAAAAGAAUUCAAGAAUGAAGGUGGAGCGGAAAGCGGAAUAGUGUUGGUGGUACCUGACGUACUCCAAUAUCUUCACAAUGGAAUAUCGACAGAGCAUUUGGAUCUGCAGAAAGCCCAGCAGGAGGUACGACAAUACUCCUACUAUCUGUGCGAUGAACCGAACUUUUUUCGAAGGUAUACGACAAAAGAGUUGUCGAACAUGCAGAAGAUUUGGCAAAUCGGAUAUUUGCAAGAACUGAAUAUAUUGAAGUUACUGAAACUUUGGCACUACACUGAGUAUAAUGAUUUCAAAAGACAAGGAUGUAACAGCAAAACAUUAACUACUUUGCAUGAAGAAUUGAUUGAGACAUCUGCGGUUAUGGAAGUCCCUGCCAUGACUUCGCACUCCUCUUUAACCAUAACACCAGAACAACCAACAGAAGAUGAAAGUCCCGUCGAUUAUUCAGAUAAAUCUAAUAUUUUGCAAAAUGGCGUUGUAGCUGAGCCAAUUCCUGGUACGUCAACUGCAGCUAAAGCUUUGCAACCUUCUAUUUUAUCACUUGAAGAACAGGAAGAUUUGGACUAUGACUAUGUUCAACCAGAGAGUGAGUCCGAAUUAACCACUAUUGAAGAAUUGCUGUUGACAAUGCAGACGACAAAAGAAAAAUAUUCGUCAAAAACCAAAGGUUCAGCUGCUGACCAUGAUAAACAAUACAGCAAUGUGGUUGAAAAUAAGAAAAAUGAUGCAGUCAGCCUCAGGGCAAAAACAAAGCCUUGA